CGUUGAAAUCGCGCUUUAUUAUGAGUUUCGCGGCGGAAUAACGUGAACGUGAAACUAGACGAAUAGCCGCUGGCGUCGCCGAGUUUCGCGGUCUCUGGCGUGGUAGAAUUUCUCUCGGUGAGCGCGUAUUACCCGCGUGCCACUUGGCGUGCAGCGCGCGAUACCGAUACUGUCCGCGCGCUCCCUUUCUCGCGGUCCCUCGUUUUCGCGAAGAUUCGCCGUUUCUCGCGUCGUCGGAGAAACCGCGCCACGGCGGCCGUGCCGUCGCUCUCAUCAUCCUCCUCGUCGAAAUGCCGCUGCUGCGAAAACAACCGUUCCAGCGUCUCCACGUCUCCUCCGAUUUCAGGGAUGACGACGAAGUAUUCUACUGCGAGGUUACAAACGAGAUAUUCAAGGACUACAAUGAAUUUUGUGCACGUAUUAUUUUAUGCAAUUCACUUAUAUGGUCAUGCAGUAUCACAGGAAGGACUAGUAUGACAUUUCAGGAAGCUUUAGAAUGCGAAGAAAAUGCAAAAAAAAGUUUGAAAGAAUUUCCAAUGGAGUUGCGCAUUCCUAUAUUGUAUCUUGCUAGUAAAACAAAUAGAAUGUCUUUCAAUGAAAUGAUUGAGGAUGUUUAUCAGUUUGCGAGGGACCGCUAUUUUGUAGGAGAAAUGGUAGAAGCAAGCUUUACCGAAGAAUCUUGGUGUAAUUGCCAUGUUCUUCAAGUCAUUGUACCUUCUGAACAGCAAGUUAGCGCAUAUCUAAAUGAAAACGGCAGAAGUCUGCAAGAAAAUUACUAUCAUCCACCUGCAAAAUUAUUUCGUUAUGAGGUAGAACAGUUAGAUUCCGGAGACUCUGAUGUUAGCCAGCUCAUGAUAGUAGAAGCAUCUCAAGUUAGAAGACGAAAGCAGCAUUAUAGCAGAGAGCGCAAUAAAAUAUUUCUUCGUCAACUCUGUGAACAAAAUACUAAUGGUAUCUGGGUGGUCAAGGACAGUGUUUUGAAAAAGUACGGAAUCAACAAAGUUCGUUUCGAUACUAUAUUUGCUGGAACACUCCCAGAUUUCACAGUACGUGUAAAAAGAUCAGUUAAGCAAAAACAAGAAUCAAUAAAUAAGUUUCUCACCACUGAUGUGUCGAAACAAAAAACAUUGGAAAAAACGGAUCUUCAGAGAAAAGCUAGCGAUACCGGAAAGGUUAACGAAGGCGGUGUGGUAGUCAAGAAAUUCCGGAAACCAAGAAUGAAUGGCAAAUUUAAGGAAGAACUCAAGGCAAAAGCUCUGGAAGAGAAAGCGAAACGUAAAGAAGAGAGGGCGUUGAGAAGCGAGCACCUAAAAGAGAAAAAGCAAAAAUUGGCGGCUUUAGCGGCGUAUAUGAAACAAUGGAACAAGCCGAGAGAAGAUCUCGAGUGCGAAGAUCUUUGCCCCAUUCCUGAACCUACUGUCAUUAAAUGCAACAUACCGAAUGAAAAGUUUGGGGACUUUGCCAUGAUAUUAGAAUUUCUUCAAUUCUUCAGCGAAGAAUUGGAGGUGUCUGCAUAUUUUGCUGGAGGCUUCAAUUUAGAAUUGUUAGAAAAGGCGCUGUUGACUAAAGAAGCAUCCGGCCCUUGGAGCGAUCUAUUACAACUGUUGUUGAUAAAUAUAUUUAAAUAUCAGAAAGAGGAAGAUAGUGAGAUUGAUGCUCAAGCAGCAUCUAUUUUAUUGGAUAACAUUAGUCCUUACGAAGGCGCAUCAUCAAUGGCAAAGGCCGUAAAACUCGCUACAAUGGCUUCUAGAUGGUGUCCGACUUAUCAAGGAUGCAAACUAUCGGAACUGACAGUGGAUCACGUAACGCUGAGUGAGAUAUUGAGACAACAUUUAUUGAGCUCCGGCGGACGCAUAAGCGAAGCUGCUUCAAAAUGGCGAUAUUCACAGAAAGGUGGUUACACAAACUUUGAUGAGCCAGCGCUUCUUUUAAGAAUAAACGAAGAACACAUUUUACGUCUUUUGGGUCACCGAAAUGUCUGCGAGCUCGAUUUAGAUGACAAGAUAAAAAUUGCGACAUGUUUAAUUAAUCAGUUGCUUACAUUUGCACCGAUACGCGACGCGAUUGAGGAACGACACGAUAAGCUGCAUCAGGCGAAACGCGAAUUGAAAUUGUUCUUGCUCGCCGAGCAGAAGAAGGAGAAGGAGGAGAAGGAGAAAAUGAGAGAGCGUGAGAAGGAGGGUAAACUCGAGGAGGAAGAUCCGAAGCCGAAGAAGGUGACGCGUGGUAAUUACGAGGAAGAGAAGAAAAAGGAAGAAUAUGAGAACAAGCUGAAAGAGCUGCAGCAAGCGUCAAGGGAUGAUAAGAUGAUGCUUUAUUUGGGCGCAGACAGAUGUCAUCGAAGAUAUUGGAGAUAUAUAUCUAUACCGGGAGUAUUUGUCGAGAAUGACGAAUGGUGGCCUGGCAGUUGCCUACCUGAAGGCACGCCGCAUCAUCCAGAGCUGCAAGACAAAGAGGCCACGUAUGCAUAUCUGAAAAAUAAAUUUGAGGACGAGUUCAGCGACAAGGAGAAUAGUUUCAAAAAAUCCAAAAAGUCACCGAAGAAGCUUGCGCCCACGGAGAAGAACGGCGUGAAGUCGCUGCGGAAGGAAGCAAAUCGAAAGGAGUUCAAACAGGAUCUCACUAACAUCAAGAGAAACUUGAUAUUAUGUACAGGAGACAAAGACUGUCCCGUUCAUUGCAAGAGAUCACAGUUGAAAUGGAGCUUUUACGGGAACCAGGAGGAUAUUCAAGCGCUGAUAAAUAGUUUAAGUACAAGGGGCAUCAGAGAGAGUGAUCUUAGAAACAACCUCAUACAAGAAAUGGACAGUUUGCUCGCUAUUAUCAACGAAUGUCCCAAACACAGAUUAAAUCCUGAUGUAUUUCCAGAUCCUGACAAAGGGCAGAUCAACAAGGCGACGAAGAAGAACAAGUACGAGAACGCAAAUCUGAAUUUCCCUUCCGAGGUGGCGGUCGACGAAGUAAUGGAAUUGACCCUGAGAGAUUAUAUUUUAGACUUUGAAGACAAGAUCAAAGCGGGUUGCUUGGGCUGCCUGAAGAUCAUCGAUCGCGAGGUUUGGAGGAACGCGAUCAACCAGCGGGGUUACGAUAAGCAAUGCGAUAAAUUAAUAGGCGCCAAUGGCGAGAUAGAUAUAGACGCACCUGCCAACAUCUUGAUAGACAAGAUAAAGAACGAGUCUAAGUACAGCAGACCCGGCACACCGGAUUCUGAGGUUGGCAGUAUCAGCAUAAAGACUUACAGGGACCCGGGGAUGUACUUAGGUUUAUUCAACGAAAAUGAAACGACGCCGGAUCAGAAGCAACAAGCGACCAUCAAACAGCUAGCUUGCGCUAUUCUGCAGCUGUCCCACGGUGUGGAGCAAAGGUACUUACUCAGACCACUAGGCCCCGAUCAAAAGGACAAAAAGUGGUCGGGCGAAGAGGCACGGGAAAGAUGGGAACAGUCGCUUUUGGCGUCGUCGAGUUGGUCUCAAUUAUUCGUUCAUUUAAGUACCUUGGAAAAUAGCGUCGCAUGGAACAGAAGCGUGCUGAACGCGCAAUGUCGUAUAUGCCGACGACGUAGAGACGCGGAGAAUAUGCUGCUCUGCGACGAAUGCAACAAGGGACAUCAUCUGUACUGUCUGAAGCCAAAACUCAAUGCUGUGCCAGACGGAGAUUGGUUCUGUACAACGUGUAGACCACCGACGAUAAAACCCAAGGAGAAAGCUCAGAAACGAAAGAGAUUCGAGGAUGAAAUGGAGGAUGAAGCGAUACUGACCAAAGAAACGCGACACAAUCGCGCGAAACGCGUAGUAACGUACAGCGACGAGGAGGCUAGGUUCGAUCAAGAAGACGACGAUGAUCAAGAGAGCGAUCAAGAUAUAAGCGUACGGUCGGAAAACCUAUGCACAUCUUGCAAAAGCAGCGGGAAACUGAUCGCAUGCGACACAUGUCCUGAUCGUUACCACUUGGAGUGCGCAGAACCACCGUUGUCGAGAGCUCCCAGGGGAAGAUGGUCCUGUGUCAGGUGCAAGGAUAAAAGGAGGAAUGCUACAAGAGUGAGGGGGCGCGAGAGGGAAAGAGACAAGGAGAGGCUGUGCGCAGCAGCAGCACGCUCUCGCAUCCAUGGCUUUGCCAAGAGCCUCCUCACUACAGAAUCGACAGACUGGGACGAUAGCAGCACGUCGGAAGAUACCGAACCGAGACAAACGCGACGCGCGACCAAAAGGGCUGCCGAAAUCGAACAUGAGGAAGACAAGAGCUCGGUCAAAGGAUGUAUGGCGAGAUUGCAGGAAUUGCUCUCCGACAUCAGGCACCACCGAGACUCGUGGCCGUUUCUCUCACCUGUUACGAAGGACGAAGUCCCGGAUUAUCACGACAUCAUUUCCAACCCGAUGGAUUUCGGGACAAUCAAAUUUAAGCUCAGCAACGGCGAUUACGAGAGGCUAGACGAGUUUUUUAGCGAUUGCCAAUUGGUCUUUGAAAAUUGCAGAUUGUACAAUAAGGAGCACAGCUCGGUUUACAGCUACGUAUACAGGGCAGGCACGCGACUACUCAAAUACUUGGAGAAACGCUGCAAAGAAUUAGGAUUGGAUUUCGAUGAAGCACUGUUUCAAGAACCCAAGACCAAGAGGGCCAGAUUAAACGGCGAUGGUCUUGAAGAGAAUGGAAUGACCGACAGCGAGGACGAUGAAGGAGAGAUGCAGAAAAGAAGAUAGAAACACGAGAUAUAUACAUAAUAUAUAUUUCAGUAUAUGCAUACUCAUGAGAUUUCUAAAAAUCUGCUAUUCGUAAAUUUUCUAUAUUUUCAACUCUCGUACGGACCUAUGUAUCGAUACCAAGCGGUAAAUAGAUUCCGGUAUAUAGCUCAAGACUUUUAUAAACUAUGUACCGAUUCUUUUUGCAGUGAGUAACAAGAUAUCACUCCCAACAAUUUGCGAAAUAGUACAACUGUGAAAAUUUACUUUGCAAAAUCGAUCACAUAUACACACACACACCCACACACAUACAUGAAGAAGAUUUCUUUUACACUCUCUAGAGUCUUUAUUUUCUCUCGAGGCUUGUAAUAAAGAUGUACGCAGUAUUAUUUGCAAGAAUUCAUAUACAUAAGUCGCACUAUACAUAUACUUUAAGUAUAUCGCACAUAUGCAUUACAUCGCAUCCCGAAACAAGCAUAUACGAGCGGCGAAUUAGUAUUUCAUUUGCUUCGAGUUGUACAAGAGUAGUACUGUUUUCUUUAUAAGUAUAUUGUAAAGAAGAAGAUAUUCGUUAUUACGAAAUUAAUGUUCUCGCAUUUCCUUCUCGACAAUUAUUUAUUAUUUUAUUAUUCUUCGCGCAUUACGCGCACAUACUCUUAUCUGUGGCUAUUAUCAAUGAUCGUUCACUCGUGUAUGUGGUACAUUGAAUUUUAGAAAUUUUGUUCUUCCCCCCACCUCCCUCAAGAGACAAAAUAUAUGCAAGAUUUAACCGUAGAACACGAGAAUUAUAUUGCGAUAGUUGAGGGAUACGACAAAAUUCAAAGUUGCUUCGUUCUGAAUGAACACUGUGCUUUUGAAAAAUACAUUAAUAUUAUUCAUAAAUUCAUGUUUGUAGAUCCAGACAAUAAAGUUGGAUACUUUUGUA